AUGGCUGUGUUAAGGAUAUUUUCUGUGUACGUUCAUCUCAUUACAGUGCUUACAUUUACUAUAGCUGCUGUAGCAUUAGCUAGGCUGCAGCCGAGUCAACUCAGUCAAGAGGUGCCAUCUGAACAAGAAGCAGACCGAGUCGUUGGACUUCCAGGGCAGCCUCCCGUGGAUUUCCAGCAAUAUGCAGGAUAUGUUACAGUCAAUCAGAGCCAUGGAAGAGCACUGUUCUAUUGGUUUUUCGAAGCGACACAAAAUCCUCAAAAGAAGCCUGUACUUUUGUGGCUUAAUGGAGGUAAGUCAGCUCACCCACCAAAGAGAUCUAUUGCAUCUUCAU